CGACCACUAUCUUGUUGUUGAUCUGCGCAUGCGCGCGUCACCCUUGCCCAAACCACUACAACGACGCUGUGACAACUGAAAAAGUUAAUUUUGUGAAUGGAAGUGUGGCUCACAACUCCUGCUGCACCCCGAGGAUUAGUGACAUUUAACGGGCGUCCGAACACCAGACUCGGGUCUGGAAACAAGUGAUUUAAGGAGCGUUGCUGCCUCAGAGGAUUAUGGUCGUCGGAGGAGGACGCGGAUAACUGUUUGUUUGUGUGUUGUGUACAGGACAGAGUGAACCAGCAACACACACACACACACACACACACACACACACACACACACACACGGAGGCAGCCAUGUGGUGGUUCCAGCAGGGUCUGUGCUUCCUGCCUGCAGCGCUGGUCGUCUGGACGGCGGCGUCCUUCGUCUUUGCUUACAUCACAGCGGUGGUGCUGAAACAUGUGGACCCUCUGGUGCCUUACAUCAGCGACACAGGAACGAUGGCACCGGAGCGGUGUGUGUUCGGCAUCAUGCUGGAUGUGUCGGCCUUCUUAGGUAUGGCCACGGUGUACGUGCGUUACAAACAGGUGGAGGCUCUGACAGGUGAGGCCGAGAUCAAGCUCAACAGACUGAACCGCUUCGGGCUGCUGCUCGGCCUCAUCAGCUCCUUCGGGAUGUGCGUGGUCGCCAACUUCCAGAAGACCACGCUGUUCUCCAUGCACCUGGUGGGGGCGGUGCUGACCUUCGGGGUCGGGGCGCUCUACAUCCUGGUUCAGACGCUGCUCUCGCUCAAGAUGCAGCCUCACAUCCACAGCAAGAGCAUCUACCUGGCUCGCCUCGGCAUCGGAGUCUGGACGCUGUGCAGCAUCAUCAGCAUGUUCAUAUCUUCAGUCAUCAUGUACAGCAGCCUGUGGGGAGUGGACGUUCCUCACAAGCUGCACUGGAUUCCUGGAGAGACGGGCUACACGGCUCACAUGAUCAGCACUGUGUCUGAGUGGUCUCUGGCCAUCUCCUUCAUCAGCUUCUUCCUCACCUACAUCAGAGAUUUCCAGAAAAUUAACCUGCGAGCAGAAGCCGUUGUGCAGAGCAGCCACCUGUACGACUGGGCUCACGCAGGCGUCGCAGCGUCACAAAACCGCAGACGUGAAGCCUCCGAGUCGUCUCCACUGCUGGCGGGAGGAACGUGACCAGAUGCAGAAGGUCCCACUAAAGCUGCUUUUACAACAGUUUUUAACGUUUUCUAAUCGCUUUUUAUCACGGCUGUCUUAAAGCCGGUGUGGUGGCGGCUUUUUGAAGGACCGGUGCGCACAAACAUAUUCUCUCCUCCCUGCAGUGUAUCGGGAUGGAGACAGAAAUAUCAAGACAUGUACACGUAACACCAAAAAAAAAAAAGAGAUAAUUCAAGGGGGGAGAUAUUUUUAAAUUCAAAUAUGAAGCUUUGCACUUUUAUCCUCAAACUGCGUCAGUAACGUUCAGCGCUGCACUUUAUAUCAUUUACACCUGAUAUCACAUUUUAAAUUGCUGCACUGUGAUUUACUUUCAGUUUUAAAUUCCUCCACAAGUCUGUGAAGCCAACAGGGAUCAUAUGGUUAAAAAAUAAAUAAAUAAUAAUAAUUAAAAUUAUUAAACUUUGAGGGGAAACUUGUUUGUAGGAUCAGCUGAGUUUCCUGUCAGUGAAGGACUGUUUGUAUUGUCACUAUUAUUCUGACUUCAGUCUCCUUCAGUAUCUGCUGUCCAUUAACUGAGAACAUGUAAACAAACAAACAUUUUUAAUCGGAUCCAAACCUGCUUAACUUCUAACCCAAAGUUGUUUCUGUACAUUGUUUACAUUAUUCAUGUUUGGACUAAUAAAGAUUUAUUUCUUGUUUGUUUAAAAUUAA